GCGAUGACGCGCGCCCGCGCCGACGGGCGGCUGUGCUUGACGACGACCGGACCUUGCUGCGGCUUGGCGCCGGCGGCCUUGCGCAGGUCCUUGAUCGUGUUCUGCGACUUUGGACCUUGGGCUUUGCCCAUGAUGAGUGAUUUCUCACGUGAGUGGUGUAGUGCCAGCCACGAGCUCGUCCGUCUUCGUCGUGAGAUAGCUAAGUUGCUGCGUCUGGCUAAGGUAUGCGUGAUGGACCCAGCCCACCACAAGAGAUAGCUCUACGCAGCUGCAGCGUAACGCCAGCGGGCCAAAAAAUACUACUACGCGUGCUAUUGAUAAUAAGCUGCGUGUAACGACUCUCUACGUGUUAUGUGGCCGUCUUUUGCGGCCGUAAAUGGCUCCAGAGCAAAU